UGCAGUUGUAAGCCACCCGAUCCCUCAUUUACCACAUUGAGUAUUGUCGUCGGCGCGGGCCCCAGCAAGUUCAAGGUCAAGGCAUUUACACCGUUACCGAGGUCGCUAAUCUUCACCAAUGGCCCAACGCGUCACUCUUCGCAAGCGCACUCCGUACAACACCACCUCGAACCGCCGACGGAUAGUGAAGACACCAGGCGGCAAGCUUGUCUACCACCACCUGAAAAAGCUUGCGACUGCGCCCAAGUGCGGAGAUUGUGGCAUCAAGCUGCCGGGUAUCGUUGCCCUCAGACCCCGUCAAUACGCGACGGUCUCCAAGACAAAGAAGACGGUGAACCGUGCGUACGGUGGCUCGAGAUGCGGUAACUGCGUAAAGCAGCGCAUCCUCCGGGCGUUCCUCGUCGAGGAGGCGAAGAUCGUCAAGAAGGUGAUAAAGUCACAGGAAAAGACAGGUGGAAGGAAGUAGAUUGACUUGCCUCCCGCUCCCCUCUCUUUUCUACCACCUGCGGCAACGCAGGGUCCUCGGGCUGCAGAGGUUCAUCUCCAGUAUCGCGACGGCGCUCUUUAUGUCUUCCCUGUCACUCGCUAUACAUGCAUGUAUACUGCUAUCUUAUGACCACCAGAACGACGACUGAUGGAGUCAGUAUAUAUGCGGUACAUGAUCGGUUAAUUCGGUUAAUGUCAAGGGCCAGCUGAUGCUAUCGCGGAGGAUCUGC